AUGUCAUCAAAUGUGGGAAUGGCAGUUGCCAAUGGAGCUCUACCCAUUAUAGCAUAUGGAUUGCUCAUUUACACUUGGUAUAUUUAUGUGUUUAGAGUGUGUCAACCUCUCUUGCUCAAUCAAGACCAAGCUGCCAUGGGAGGCAUCUUUAUCUUUAUUACCACUGCCCUGUGGUGGUUUUCUCUUAUAUCUUAUCUAAGGAUCCUAUUGUCUCAUCCAGGGAAGCCAGCACAAAUAUCACCUACGAUUUACUCGCCUAGCUUAUUUGACAUAUCAACCAUGACAACACAACCCCUAUCUUUACGUGACGAGAUACCCCUGCCUCUUUUAUCCCUGUCUAGAGCUGAUGGAGGAUUGCGAUAUUGUACUAUCUGCUGUUGUUACAAGCCAGACCGUACACAUCAUUGCAAGGAGUGUAAUAGCUGUGUGCUCAAAAUGGAUCAUGGAAAAAACAAAAGGGGGAGUGCAAGAUCUCUGAUAGCUUCCUAUCCUGUAGUCAUUGUCCAUGGUCUCUAUGGUGUCUGGUGCUUGUGUAGCGCAUUGCCAUUGGUAGUGAAUGCAGUCCAGUACAAAGACUUUUUGCUAGACCCACAGUGGAUUGCACUGCUGAUUCUGGCCUUUAUCUUUGGGUUCACAAUAUUUGGAUUCGCAGCCAGCCAUUGCUAUUAUAUUAUGAGAAAUGAGACCACAAUUGAGCACAUCAACGACCGUCCAUAUGAAGUGCGAGUGGAUUUUGACCCGAGUGGGACGAAUUACGAGAUAGUUUCGGUUCAAUGCACUGAUAUGCUGUGGGAUAAUGGUAUCAGUUUGAAUUGGAGAGCAACCAUGGGUAGUAAUCCAUUGGGAUGGUUUGUUCCUUUGUGGGGAGGUAUGGGGGAUGGUAGUGUACAUCCUUACAAUCCAACUGUCUAUUACACGGUUGUAGAGCGUGCAAAAUGUCAGCGAAUGAUGCUUAAUCCGCAUUCUUUAUGUGAACAGGAUGCCUUGGUGAUGCUGGAAGAUUAA